CAGAGGCAGCUCCGUCACACUCACGAUGGGAAAUAUGUCCAACUCCUCAGUGUUCAUCUCCACCUUAUCGAAGAGAGAAGACCUGAUUUUUGGCACGCUCUAUUCAGUCUUUGACUCACAGGGGUGACACUGCCAGGAAGAAAUUAAAAAGGCGAAGGGCCCCAGCUUGUUGGCCCCACAUCAGACGAGCAGUCGCACAAAGCUCCUGUUAUUUAUCUAGCUGGAAGGAAGUGCCUCCCUUGCUCCUUCCAGCUGGAAGGAGUGACUCUGGCCAGAUCCUGCACCCGGAGCCCAUCGCAGUCUCAUCCCAUCACUGCCCUCCUCCCAGAUGCCUCUGUAGGAUCUCAGGAAGGGGAAGGGAUCAAAUUCAACGUAAAGCAGCUCCAGAUGUGCUCACAGAGCUCUGCAGGUCCCGCGGGCUCCCCUGCUCAGCCCACGCUGGAGAGGGAAGCCUGAGCCCUUUCCACGCUCCGUAGACAUCUCCGGCAUCGUGUCCCUCUCUGGGAACUCGCUGCUCCUGCUGGUAGCCUAUCGGAAGAGGUCCAUGCUGAAGCCUGCCGAGUUCUUCAUCGUCAAUCUGGCCAUCAGUGACCUGAGCAUGACAGUGACGCUCUUCCCCUUGGCCACCUCCUCCUUCUUUGCACACAGGUGGCUGUUCAACCAGGCAGUGUGCACCCUCUAUGCCUUCUGCGGGGUCUUGUUUGGGCUCUGCAGCCUCACCAGCCUGACGGUGCUCAGCACGGUUUGCUGCCUGAAGGUCUGUUACCCAGCAUAUGGCAACAAGUUCUCGCCCUGCCAUGCCGGAGUGCUGCUGCUGUGCGUCUGGGCAUAUGCCCUGAUAUUUGCCACAGCCCCCUUGGCCGAGUGGGGCAGCUACGGCCCCGAGCCCUACGGGACAGCCUGCUGCAUCGCGUGGACAGCCUCGAGCAGGGAGGCCACACUCUACAUCCUUGCCCUCUUCAUCUUCUGCUACCUUCUUCCCUGCCUCCUCAUCCUCGUCUCCUACUCGCUGAUCCUCUGGACGGUGCGGGUGUCCCGGAGAGCCGUCAGGCAGCACACGUCCCCCCAGCGCAGAGCCCGCAGCGUGCACAGCCUGGUCAUGAAGCUGAGCGUUGCCGUGUCCUUGGGGUUUCUGGCCGCCUGGACCCCUUACGCUGUUGUUGCCCUGUGGGCAGUGCUCGGCGACGCCAGCCAGGUGCCGGCGCUGGCCUUCGUGCUGUCGGCCGUCUUUGCCAAGUCCUCCACGCUCUACAACCCCCUGGUGUACCUGCUCUUCAAGCCCAACUUCCAGAGGUUCCUCUCGAGGGACGUAGUGCUCCUCCGGGCCAUGCGCACCCUCCUCUGCUGCGGCUGCCCGCGUGCCGUGCUCCAGCCCUUCCCGUCCCCGGGCUUCGGUGACCGCCCUGGCGCUUGCAGAAACUGCAAUGACGCUUUCGAGUGUUUCCGUAACUACCCCAGGUGCUACAAACUCCCGCAGGCGCCCGGCAGCGCGGCCCGGCGUGCUCCCCUGGCAAUCCUGGCCGAUGGAGCUGCUUGCCAGCCGGCGCUGAAGAGGACGGUGCAGGUGAUGGUGCUUGUCACACGGAAGAGGUCGGGCCUGGGCGCUGCGAACGUGGUGGGGGACGCCCUGCCCUCGGACGUCAUGAAGGACCUUCUCUGAGCGCGCUGGAAGACAAACCCAAACGCAACAUUUCUCUCACCUACGUAUCCGAUGGGUCCCCAACAUGUUCUGCAGAUGAAGUGACGUGAACAUUUAAGACCAAUCUUGCCUCACCCACUGGUUUGGCUCUUGCACCUCUGAGCCUAGUCUUCACACCUGCAAAAAAAACCCCAAACAAUUAGACCCCAGUGCCUGAAAUCUGCCCAGGGCGCAAGUCCAGGGCGCAGUUUCUCCUGCAGCUUGUUCUCUGGACAUUUGGCCUUUGUUUUUCCAUCCUGGUGCUCUGACGACCAAGCAGGAACUUGGUUGUCUUAAAAACUGUGCACGGCAGGGAGGGCUGGAGACCAGGAGGCCCUGAGAGGUGCCCUGGCUCCGGCACCACCUCCUACAGCCCCCGCUGACCACGUCCUUUCCCGUCGGGGAGCAGGACCAGGCCGCUCAGCUACCUCACUUGGGAUUAUGAAGCAUCUUUAUAUACCUCUCAAGAGACUAUUCUGUGCAGGCUGCGCUACCCCACUCCCCCAACUUGAACACAAACCCACCACUGUCCUACAGAUCGAAAUGGGAGCUUUAGAGUAAGGAUUUGGGGUUAAAAUAAUCCCAGUGGCAGCAAUAGCAGUCCCAGGUCGUGCUGCCCAGGCAGGGAAUGGCGAGUCUGUGGCUGAGCACCGUCCUGGGGCCCGGGCUCGGCCCUAGGGUGUCUCCCGGUGGCUGGGGCGACGGGGCAGCUCGUGCCGCCUGCAGUGCUGCGCAGGGGCAGCAGCAGCCCACGGGCCUGCGGUCGGAGAUCGGAGCGGGCAGUUCGCCCGCGGGGAGGGUCUGGGGUGAAAAGCACGGAGAAGCUGCGAAGGGGCCCGAUGCAAAUCCACCAGUAGAGAGUCCCCAGGUUACCCGCUGUGGCAGACGCGGGGUGGGCCUGCAGGCGCCUGUCUCCGGUGGCGUGCUGGCAGCCUCGUGGUGAGGGUCCUCCCAUCCCGCCCCCAGCACCGCGCCGCUCGCGUGCCCAGCCUUUGGGCAUGGCGGGAGCUGGUUUUACUUUGCAGGGGGCGAAUAACGUGGCCGGGGUUAUGCCCAAAAAAUUAAAAGAUGCACUCAAGGUGAUGGGAAGAGUCAGUAGCAGAGGAGGGAAAGGCGCUGCCCCCAGCACCCCGCCGGCCAGUUACUCGUGGGAGCGCUUUACGCCGUCGCUGGUUAACAAAAACCACGCCACAACCCAUCGCCAAAGCUGCAGCGUUGAGUCGUGGGCAUGCGAAAUGGGAAGGGUGAACUGUCUCUGCACCGAGUGCUGGGAAGCAGCCACUGCCCCCGGUGCCGUCGCUGGCUGCGCUCUGCCUGCCCGCUCUGCCUGUAAGCCGACCCUGAGACACCCCCCCGCUCUCCAGACACAGAUACUGCUAUUUUUAGCAGUUGCUCCCUGAACCGGGAUGUAUCACUGCCUUUUCUUAGCACAGCUACAGCAGCCUCCUCUUCUGAGGACACGGAGCACUUCACAAAACACCGGCUAGCUGCAGGGGCGAGCAGAGAUACGGGGGGGCGGGGGUGUUCCCCGGGGGAGCAGACAGCAGAUGCCCACCACCGGUCAUUUAAGCAACCCAGGCAUUAAAAACAGGAGCUGGGCUUUUUGGCAUGGACGUUACGGCCCAAUUCCAGCGAGCGCUGCGGUGGGGAAGGUGGCGGCCGCGUGCGUGCAGAGGCACCCGGCGAAGCGGCGAAGGGUGCUGGGGUGCGGGCGGUCCUGCCCCUGCUUCAGCUGGCCGCUGCUGCACAGCUCUGCGACGGCGCGGCAGUGGUGGCACUUGCUUUUGUCCCUUGGCCACUUCCACUUCGCCACUUUAGUUAGCAGUUUCCCUGUGACAGGAGGGGGUCAGUGAUACCUCUGGGGUGCACCUGCAUCCUCCUGGGAUGGUUUUGCCCACGUGGGAUACCUGCAGCGCAGACGGUUGGGGCAGGGUUAGGGUUUAUGCACAAGGGCCAAGUAAUAACCGAAAAGCCACGCGGGGAGUGACGCUCCUGCCUUCGCCUCCCACUCCUGCGGUGCAAAAAACCCCCACCCAACCCAAAGACGCGCGAUAUUUGCAAAACUCUGCAAACAAACAAAGAAAAGUCAGGGCAGGGAGGACAAAGUUUCCAGCGUAGAUGCGGGUUUCCAGGAGGGCCAAGUCACCACCCGGCCCGGGGCAUGGCUGCUCGGCCCCUUCGCACCCUGCUGCUCGGAGCACUGCUCCCCGUGCCGUCCCGGGCACUCCUGCACACAAAGGAAUCACAAGCACUUGGUGUCUUUCAUCACAUUCCAGAAACUGUACAGUUUUAAAGUAAA